UUCCCACUCUAAGCAAAAAGAGAGAAAGAAAGAAGGCAUAAUCUGAAUUCUGAAAGAGCGAAACCCGUUUUCUCCCCCACAGACCACAGUAUAUUAUUUCCACUUGCUCCACCUUUCUCUCCUCAUGCUAAAAAAGGGAGGGAAAACGCCAUGAGAAACUGCUUAAGGUGCUGCAUCUCUUGCAUCCUCCCAUGUGGGGCUCUCGACGUGAUACGCAUAGUGCACUCCAAUGGCCGAGUAGAAGAAAUCUCCGGCACCAUCAAGGCCAGCGAUGUCAUGAAGGCACACCCCAAACACGUCCUCAAGAAGCCAUGCUCCUCAGCCGCCGUCGACGCUGCCGGCUGCGGCGGAGUCCACAAGAUCGUGGUGGUGCCUCCCGACGCGGAGCUCCAACGUGGCAAGAUUUACUUCCUCAUGCCACUCCCUCCUCCUCCUCCUCCACUUGAGAAGAACAUGAACCAGCAGAGAAGGAAGAAGAAGAAGGAACACCGAGAGAGAAGUAGGAAUAACAGUAACACCAACGUGUCCAUGACUAUGACUAGCUUUCUCGUCUCCGAUCGCUACUUGACUGAUAUACUCUCCGAGAAGGUCUCAACGCAAAGAGACAGAAGAAGAGGCCGUGUUGCUGUGUGGAGGCCUCACUUGGAGAGCAUUUCUGAGUCACCUUCUCAUCUGUAACUCUUCUUUCUUUGAGUUUUGGAUACAAGCUACAACUUAUUUCCAUAGUUUUGAGUGUGUUUGGAUAUAUAUACCAGAAGUAUUUAUGAGUGUUUCUCUACUGAAAAUAAAAAUUAUUUAUAUUUUAUAGUAAAGAAAUUCUCAAAACAUUUCUAAAUUUAUAUCCAAAUAGGCUCAUUCUUGGUAGAUCACAACCUUUUGCCUAAGGAUCAUGUCAUGUCCAUAUAGUUACAAUCCUCGUAUUAUAGGCUUCCAAGUUCCAACCCCAUUUUUUUAAAAUAUAUAUAAAUAAAUAUUUUCCUUUUUUUUUUUCUUUUCAUGUUUACUCUGCUUCUGCAAAGAUUGCUGUGUACAUAGGGUUGUCCAUAGAGUUUUAGACCAUAGUUUGGUGUGUAUUCAUCAAGAUUUUAAAAAGGGUCUCCAUUCUCCAAUUAUGACUUCAAUCGCCACAUCAGUCACAAUUUGCCGCAAUAUUAAAGAUUGAGACAAAACUUUGAACUACAACCUUGGUUUUGAUAGUAUAAUUUAGAGUUAUCGUGGUCGUGUUUCAGUUAGUGGGGCAUGAAAUUAAUCAAACGGUGUUAUAAUUUUGUAAUUUUCUGGAAGACGUGAAGCACGCAGAACUUCAAUAUUUUUGCUUUUAAUUGUUGAAAGCUCGGAAUUUUGAAGAGUACAGUGAAGAAAGAUAAACUAUGAUUGAGAUGCAGAUAGAACGAUCCUACUUCUACUGUGUCACACUGUCAAGUGUAAUUGUGUAUUGGAUGAUAAUGGAAGCUGAUAGCGACAUGAUAGAUA